AUGCCGUUGAAGCGUACACCCCCUCCCUCGCCACUCACCACACCAGUAGCGCCCACGUUCAGUAGUGCAGAGUACAGUGCUAACACUCUAACAACAAAAGAAAUCAGUUCUAUGCAUCACAGCGAUUCUGCGCCUGAUUUAACUACUCUUAGGACGACUGUCAGUGAGAGGAAAAAACGAAAGCACCCUGGAGGAGAUGACAGCAUCACGUCCUUGAUAAAAGAUAUGUUUACCAAUUUCUCUAAGGAACAGGAAACGCGUUUUUAUAAUUUACAAAGUACAAUUGUAGACCUCAAAGAGCAAAAUUAUGAGUUAAAACGAAGUGUGGAGCAUAUGUCUAACAAAUAUGACGAUUUACUUACAAUAAUUGCUAAUUUGGAAAAAGAAAGGAAAGAGGACAAACGGCGCAUGGCUUUAAUGGAGGAUAGAUUGGAAACUAUGGAGCGUAAAAUGCGUGCAUCGGGGAUUGAAGUACGAAAUAUUCCUAAAUCAACGGGUGAAACAAAAGAUUUUUUGUUUAACAUUAUUAAAAAGACCGGAAAGGCCGUUAAUAUUAGUAUAGAAGACUCCGAAUUGAAAGAUAUAUAUAGAUUGAACUCCAAGGACAGUUCUGGUCCGAUUAUAGUGGAACUAAGCUCCGUUAUCAGCAAGGAAAAAAUACUUAGAGCGGUAAAAAGUUUUAAUAAAAACAAACCGAGAGACGAGAAAUUAAAUACUUCUCACCUACAACUGCAACAACCAAAGAAACCAGUGUUUAUAUCAGAAACUUUAACUCAAAAGACUCAAAAAAUAUUUCAACUCGCAAGAGCAUUCAAAAAGGCACACAGUUUUAUGUACUGCUGGACUCUGAACGGAACUGUUUACCUACGCAAAGAUGAAAAAUCCAGCCAGAUACGAAUUAACAGUGAAGCCGAUCUCGAAAAUUUAAGGAAGACUCAAUGA